AAUACCGAAAUAAUAAUAAUCUUCAUAUCAUAAUAUAAAAGUCAAUACGAUACCAAAAUGCCUAAAAGCCCAACAUCGAUAACAUCCGAAAUAUAAAAUACGACAUAAACCGAAAGUCUGAAAUAGGAAUAACAUAAACGAUAAAAGUCCAAAGGCCUAAAGGCCCGAUAAAGAUAAAAGCGGUAAAAGCGAUAGAAGCCCAAAAGCCCAAUAGCACCGGUCCGAUAAUCACUCCUGCUCGUCGAUCUCACCUGAAAGGAGGAAGAGUGAGGGGUGAGCGAUAGGGGAAUCGCCCAAUGAGGUAUGGGAUGCUACCCCGAAGUCCAUGGACCCGGACAUAACACCCCGAAUAAAUAUAAUUUAAUUCUAAUACAUGCCAAACACGGCACCUAAAGUACCCAAGCAACAAACAAUGAUCCUAGCGAGGCGCGCUCUCGCAGCCCACUAACAGGCCAAAAACAUAACACAACUCGAGAUAGUGCUCGAACACCGCCCGUGGACGAUUUAUCGACACUUCCAGGCUACAGCUCAACCGGUCGACUAUAGUUGGCCAUAACCUCAUACAAUCCGGCACACAGAAGUCCGUCUCCGUAUCCGUCUCCACACAAAAACAAUCCUAGCUAAGCAUUUACAUUAAGUGAAGCAAUCAAUGUUGAAUCCUCUAACAACCUAGUUCCGGUUUAAGCAAAGAACCCAAUAACUAAACAAGCAAUGACAGACUCGAUUUCAAGCAGACGGAACAUAUUAGAAAUAAGUUAUACUUAUUCGAAGUCCUAAGUCGUGUAAGAGGAGUUCGGGAAUAGACUCUCACCUUAGCAAUAGGGAAAUGUGGUAUCUAUGAACUCCAGCUGCUCAAAUAGACUCUAAAUCUGAAAUCAGGGCGAAAUUCUAAGUCAGAACGGCUUUCGAACGGUUUAGAACGGGUAUAGUCAAGGUUUACGGAAAAGUCAACACAUUAGUCAAAGGUCAACCCGGUCAACUUUGACCCAAGCCGGUCAACCCUUGACCAGAUUGGAAUUGAUUUAAACCAACCGGUUUAACUCAACCGAAAUCGAUUCCAAUUGGACCAUCUGGUUUACCUUAACCAUCAAUUGAUUAAUUAAUUAAUUAAUCUAUCUAACCGGUUUAUCCUAACCGAAAUCCAAUUGAUUUUAACCGGCGGUUUAACCUAACCAACCCUAAAUCAAUUUAAACCAGUCAAACCACCGGUUGACCGAGUCACCGAGUUGACUCACCGGAUCGACUCGGCCGAGUUGGCGAGUCGCCGGCGAGUAACCGGCACUAGUCCCGGCGGCGACGGCGGAGGGUGGCGGCGGCUUACCGGAAAAUCAACGGUGACGAGGCGGCGACGCGGCGGCAGCUUCUCGGCGGCGAACAGACGGUGGCCGGUCACGGCGGCUCCGGCGAACGUUGGUCGGAGACGGCGGCGAGUGGCCGGAAUGCGCGGUGGCUCCGGCGGACGGCGACGGCGCGUGCGUUUCACGCCCGCGCAGAGGCGAAACUUCGGGAGGCUCUAGCGGCUUCGUCCGGGCUCCGAUUGCGGCGUGGUUGGUGUCUACGGCUUCGUGUCGACGAGGGGAACACGAUGGUGGUCUUUCAUGCACGAGAUGAUCAAUGGUUAGGAAGUUAUGGGCGAUUUACUAAACGGAAACGAAACUAAACUUAAGGCAUGCGGUUUCCGGCGGUUACCUAGGGUGUUGAUCGGGGGUGACGAGCUGAACGUGAUCACGGCAUACGGUUGCUCCGGCGACGAGCUCCGGCGACCCACUCACUGCAAAAUGAUCACACUUCUUCUCCUUAGUUCACUCUCUCUCUAACUCUUCUUUAUUUUCUGAAGUUUCUGAGAAAAUAAGGUGGAGAAGGUGGGUAUUUAAAGUAAAUUACCUUGGACUUUAUAAAAUGAUUUUGGGCCUCGGGUUGGGUCAUGACAAAAUUGUUGAAGAAGUUUUGUGGGUAUAUUGGAAAACUGCUUUGAGCUCAAAAGCAUUUAGUGGACAUGUUCUAAUGGGGGGUUUAAUCGUUUCCAGACAUCUACCAACAAAUGUCUUUCUGCACCAAACUUGGGGUUUUACAAAACAGAAAUGUUCCAAUGCUUGCUUCACUCCGGUACAUGUCCACAAAGCUUUUCAUUGGUGGCCUAUCACCCGGCACUGACGAUCACUCCUUGAAGGAUGCUUUCUCUACCUUCAACGGAGUGACAGAGGCAAAAGUCAUGACUAACAAAGUCACUGGGAGGUCUAGAGGUUAUGGGUUUGUUAACUUCAUCAGUGAGGAUUCUGCCAAGUCUGCUAUUUCAGCUAUGGAUGGACAGGAGUUGAAUGGGUUUAACAUCCAUGUGAAUGUUGCAAAAGAAUGGCCGAGUUUGCCAUUGUCUUUGGAUCAGGGAGCUAUAGAAGAUAAGAAGAGAGGCAAUAAGAUGGUGAGCCGAUCUGUAUGGAAAGAUCCAUUCGUUGAUGCGUUCUUGAUGAAGAAGAAAAACGCAGCUCUGAACAGGAAGAUAUGGUCAAGGAGAUCGACAAUUCUACCAGAGUAUGUUGAUUCGUCGGUGAGAAUCUACAAUGGCAAAACUCAUGUGCGUUGUAAGAUCACUGAAGGGAAAGUUGGGCAUAAGUUUGGAGAGUUUGCGUUUACAAGGAAAGUGACCAAGCAUCCUAGAGCACAGUAAGUGUAGUUCUUGAUCAGCUUGAGAUGAACCAGAAACAAAUCAAUAAGAAUACUGAGCAGGUAAGCUUUGAAGUCUAUUUAUCAGACUCUGAAGCUGUGCAAGUGUUUCCGAUUCAUGAAACCUGAGGAAACUUCUGUAACAUGAUUGACCCUCCAAAGUGUUUUUUUUGCUGUUGUUCAUGAUUCUUCUGGUGAUACGAAGUAUGAGACAGUUGAUCCACU